AUGAAAAUUGGGCGAGAGAUGCGAUGGACGAGGUAUAGCAUUUACAGUGAUUCGAUGUUCUCUGUCACCCAAUCAAGACCAUUAUUGUUUGUGAGGGAAUGGUCGUUAUACUCGAGACGUUUUUAUAGGACUUCGAAGCCGAACAUUCUCGUAAAGACAAGCAACAAUGCGCCAAGGAAGCGACAUCCAGCAAAGGACAAAAGAUCCAGUCUAAAUCCCACACCAUUCCAGUAUGGAACCUACGGUGGACUCAUAGAAAAUGAGGACAAGAUUGUGGAGCAAACCAGCGCUUUGUUAAAGAAAGUUGCCACUUUCCAUCAGUUGAAAAUUCUACCUGACGUUCGGACAGCCGCACAGUCAGUUUUAUCACAAGAAUCAAUUUUAAACAAUAGAAAUUAUAUUGCGAGCAAUAGAAAGGAAGUGAGGAUAAAGAAAGAACAUUCUGGGCUUGAUGCUGAUAGCAUUAAUCCUUCUCCGAUUCAAGUUGCUACAAUUCAAAAGCUCGCUAAAACUUUGAUGGACAUAAAACUUCAAGUGCACACAAUUGCUGCUGAAACAGGAUCUGGGAAAACCAUGGCUUAUUUGAUACCCUUAUUUGACUAUUUGAAGCGUUUCGAAGUUGAAAACGCUGCAGAAUGGGAAAGUCUGAAGGACAAAGCCGUGAUCAGAUCCGCCAUCUUGGUGCCAACGCACGAAUUGGCAGACCAGGUUUACAAUACUGUCAAUACGAUGGCAGAAGCUCUUGAUUUGAAUGCAUGCAAGUACGGCUCAGGGUCCACUUACAGUGGCUUUUUGGACAGCGUCAAGGCCAGGGUCGACAUUCUAGUCACAACGCCGGGGAAAAUGUUAAACCUGUUUAAUGUGCGUAUCAUUGAAAGGCCCGAGCGGUUGUUUGCGAGAACUUCUUUUGUAGUUCUGGAUGAAGCAGACACGUUAAUGGAUAAGUCGUGGCUUGAGGAGACCUACAAGACAAUACAAAUGAUGCCGAAUGCCUACCACCUCCUUUUAUGUUCGGCCACCAUACCCAAUGAGUUUCGAAAAACUGUGCAGCGUUUGUUUCCUACUUCUCACUCGAUAAGCACACCUAAGCUUCAUAGGCUACCGAACAAUAUUGACUUUAAACUGAUUGAUGCCACUCUAAAUCCAUACAAAGGUUCAAAAAUGAAGGCACUGGCCCAAACUCUGUAUGCGAUUACAAUGGAUGGCACUGAGUUGGGUUUUCAAAAGCGUGCCAUUAUUUUCGUUAACGAGAAGAAAGACGUGGCAAAUAUAGUCGAAAAGCUGGUCAAUGAUUUUGGGCACGAUUGCGUUGGUCUCACAGGAGAGGAUUCUGCCGAAGUGCGUGCAGAAAAGAUAAAGCCAUUUGUCUCUCCUCCGCAGCCGCUCAAAUCAGCUACUACAGAUCUUCGGGACCAGGCUGCGGAGCAGAUUAGUACAACUUCUUAUACUGUUCCAGGGUCAAAUGUUAUCAUAUCGAAUUCUUUUCAUUCAAACGGCGAAGUACGAGCCACAUUAAAAGUUCUAGUAACCAGUGACGUCACAGCGAGGGGAAUUAACUUUCAAGGUGUUAGGAACAUUAUUUUGUAUGACGUUCCUAAGACGGCUGUUGACCUUGUUCACAGAGUGGGGAGAACCGGUAGGAUGAACCAAAGUGGCAGAGUUUUCAUGUUAACCGACAAGAAAACUAAGUCUUGGGCUAAAGGUUUACCAAAAGUGGCGCGAAACCAUAUUCCCAUCGCUUGA